UGAUAUCUUUCCAAAAGCAAUUUCUGAUAUUGGCAUAAGUUUUUGUGAAAAACCAUAUAUAGAAAGAUCUUGCGUUUAUCACGUCUUUAUUGAAACCCAUCGCCUAUUAAGGAUGAAGGUUUUUGUGCCAAAUUGUUGA